ACCUGUACGGGCAGGAUGAGGAGGGCGAGGUGGAGAUGGAGAGCUUCGAGAUCACGGACUGGGACCUGCAGAACGAGUUCAACCCCAACCGCCAGCGGCACCGGCAGACCAAGGAGGAGGCCACCUACGGCAUCUGGGCCGAGCGCGACUCCGACGACGAGCGGCCCAGCUUCGGCGGCAAGCGAUCUCGAGACUACUCGGCCCCUGUCAAUUUUAUCAGCGCCGGGCUGCGAAAGCCUGCAGCAGAGGAGGAGGUGGAAGAUGACUCGGACGAGGAUGAUGAGAAACCUAUUAAGCAGGAAGAAUUGCCCAAAGAGGUUGUACCAAAGAAGUUAAAAACGGGUGGUAAUUUCAAACCCAGCCAGAAAGGAUUUGCAGGAGGGAAUAAGUCUUUCAUGGACUUUGGCAGCUGGGAGAGACACACCAAGGGAAUAGGACAAAAACUUCUUCAGAAAAUGGGUUACGUCCCUGGCAGGGGUCUUGGAAAAAAUGCUCAAGGUAUCAUCAGUCCGAUCGAGGCCAAGCAAAGGAAAGGCAAAGGAGCUGUGGGUGCGUAUGGCUCUGAGCGAACCAGUCAGUCGUUGCAGGACUUCCCUGUUGUUGACUCAGAAGAAGAAGCAGAAGAGGCAUUCCAGAAAGAUCUCAGUCAGUGGAGAAAAGAUCCCAACGGAGGCAAGAAGAAACCCAAAUACUCCUACAAGACUGUGGAGGAACUGAAAGCCAAGGGCAGGAUUGGCAAGCAGCUCUCAGCCCCUCAGAAAGAGCUGUCCCAAGUUAAGGUUAUCGACAUGACUGGCCGCGAACAGAAGGUCUAUUACAGCUACAGUCAAAUCAGCCACAAGCACAAUAUUCCAGAUGACAGCCCUCAGCAGCCACUGGGCAAAGACUCCAAGCCCCAAGGAUUUGCCUUGCCAGAGCUGGAGCACAACUUGCAGCUUCUGAUUGAUAUCACGGAGCAGGAGAUCAUCCAGAAUGACCGGCAACUACAAUACGAGAGGGACAUGGUUAUCAACCUGACCCACGAGAUACAGAAGAUAUCGGAAGUUCUCACGCACGAGGAGACGGCCAUUGGCAACCUCAGCAAGGUGCUGGAGAUGGUGGAGGAGUGCGAGAGGCGGAUGAUGCCCAACUGCAGCAACCCCCUUACACUGGAUGAGUGCGCCAAGAUCUUUGGGACCCUGCAGGACAAAUACUACGAGGAGUAUCGCAUGUCCGACAGGGUGGACUUGGCCGUGGCUAUUGUGUUUCCUCUCAUGAAGGAUUACUUCAAAAACUGGGAUCCUCUCAAGGACUGCACAUACGGCACAGAUGUUAUAGCCAAGUGGAAAACCCUCUUAGAAAAUGAUCAGCUGUUGUCUCUCAGUGGGCAGGACCUAACCACAGAUGCCUUUCACAGGCUGAUGUGGGAAAUCUGGAUGCCAUAUGUGAGAAACAUCAUAACACAAUGGCAGCCAAGAAACUGUGGCCCAAUGGUGGACUUCCUAGACAGCUGGGUUCAUGUUAUCCCUGUCUGGAUACUGGAUAACAUUCUGGACCAGCUCAUCUUCCCCAAGCUACAGAAGGAGGUUGAAAACUGGAACCCUCUGACAGACACUGUCCCGAUCCACUCGUGGAUUCACCCCUGGCUGCCGCUGAUGCAGGCUCGCUUAGAGCCCUUGUAUUCUCCGAUCCGAAACAAGCUGGCGAAUGCCCUGCAGAAGUGGCACCCCAGCGACUCUUCAGCCAAGCUGAUCCUGCAGCCCUGGAAGGACGUGUUCACGCCCGGAUCGUGGGAAGCUUUCAUGGUCAAAAACAUUGUGCCCAAGCUAGGGAUGUGCCUCCACGAGCUCGUCAUUAAUCCUCACCAGCAGCACAUGGAUGCCUUUUACUGGGUGGUCGACUGGGCAGGCAUGAUCUCUGUGUCCAGCCUCGUUGGGCUGCUGGAGAAGCACUUCUUCCCCAAGUGGCUGCAGGUGCUGUGCUCCUGGCUUAGCAACAGCCCCAAUUACGAAGAGAUCACCAAGUGGUACCUUGGCUGGAAAUCCAUGUUCUCAGACCAGGUCUUGGCGCAUCCGUCAAUCAAGGAGAAGUUUAAUGAAGCACUUGAUAUCAUGAACCGGGCUGUCUCCUCCAGCGUCGGCGGCUACAUGCAACCAGGCGCCCGGGAGAACAUCGCCUAUCUCACUCACACGGAGCGGAGGAAGGACUUCCAGUACGAAGCCAUGCAAGAGCGGCGAGAGGCAGAGAACAUGGCCCAGCGGGGCAUCGGCAUGGCCGCCAGCUCCGUGCCCAUGAACUUUAAGGACCUGAUCCAGACCAAAGCAGAGGAGCACAACAUUGUCUUCAUGCCUGUGAUUGGGAAGCGACACGAGGGGAAGCAGCUGUACACGUUUGGGCGGAUCGUGAUUUACAUCGACCGGGGCGUUGUGUUCGUACAGGGAGAAAAGACUUGGGUCCCGACUUCUCUGCAGAGCCUCAUUGAUAUGGCUAAAUAAGCAGCCAGCUCAGAGCUGAGCAUGUUGUAUAUAAGGACUGUGAAAUCCCCCCACCCACGUUAGUGCUGUUUUGUUACAAUAAAGAGGUGACAGCUUUGUAGACCC